AUGCCUUCCCGGAGCAACGAUGGCUCAGCAAAACAGGAGUAUGAGCGACACCCGUUUCUGCUUCCUGUCGAUAUCCUUGUUCAAUAUCUGCAGACAAACCUUGAAACCGGUCUGACUGGCGAUGCAAAGAUUCAAGGACUUCAACAGAAAUAUGGCCCGAAUCGCUUGCUGGGCGAAGGGGGCGUCAAAUGGUACACCCUGCUUGGAAAGCAGGUUUCAAAUGCAAUGAUAUUGGUCCUCGUCCUCGCAAUGGCCCUCGCCUACGGCGUUUCAGACUAUGUCGAAGGAGGAGUUAUCACUGCCGUCAUCGUGGCGAACGUGGUUAUUGGCUUUUAUCAAGAAUUCCAGGCGGAGAAGAAAAUGGACUCCCUCCGCUCUCUCUCUUCUCCCUCCGCAACCGUAAUCAGAAAUGGUCAUGAAAUCACUAUUCCAUCCGGAGACGUUGUUCCCGGAGACAUCGUUCAAAUUAAAAUGGGGGACACCGUUCCCGCCGAUAUUCGUCUCUUCGAAGCCAUGAAUCUAGAAUGUGAUGAGAAGAUUUUAACCGGAGAAGCCAUUCCAGUCGCAAAGGACGUCGACUUUAGCACUAGCGGCGAUGAAGUCACAACCGGUGUCGGUGAUCGUUUAAAUAUGGCUUACUCCUCUUCGACGGUCACAAAGGGGAGAGGUCGCGGAAUUAUUGUCUUCACUGGAAUGAACACCGAAAUCGGUAAAAUUGCCCAGUCUAUGCAGGGAAAGCGUCGCAAACCCGGUCGCUCAAUGUCUCGAAAAAAGUAUGGCACUUUUCAGCCAGUGAAAGGAGGCGCCUUGCGUAUCUGGGAUGGAAUCGGCAAGUUUCUUGGCCUUACUGAAGGCACUCCGCUGCAGAUCAAAUUAAGCAAGCUGGCCUACUCACUCUUUGGGUGUGCUAUUUUGCUCGCUAUCAUCGUGUUUGGCGUUAACGAGUUUGACGUGACGAACGAAGUUGCAAUUUAUGCCAUUUCCACAGGCAUUGCUAUUAUCCCUGAGUCGUUAAUCGCUGUCUUAACAAUCACGAUGGUUGUUGGUAUGACACAGAUGAGGAAACGAAGAGUCGUAGUGCGUCAACUCAGUGCCCUAGAAGCUCUGGGCGGAGUGACGAAUAUUUGCUCUGACAAGACGGGAACUUUAACCCAAGGGCAAAUGGUUACUCGAAAAGCCUGGAUUCCGGGUGUCGGAAUGUACACGGUGCAUAAGUCGAAUGAUGCCAACAACCCGACCCGCGGAACCAUCAGUAUCAGCAAACCACCUGCAUCAAAGCAGGAGGCCGAAGCAGAGCAAGAGCGCAAACGCACUGAGCAGGACCGUCUUCGUAGUACUGCGGGUCUAAAGUUUAACGUUCCUCCCGAGAAAGAGGAGCGGGAUAAACGGAAACAGGAUGAGAUGCGCAACGAAAAGAAUGGCACGAGCGAUGAAGAUGACGAUGAGAAGGCGGCUAGCAUUCCCGACGUUGUUCCUGAGUUACAAGCGUUUCUAGAAUCCGCAGCAUUAUGCAACUUGGCUAGCCUUCGUUUUGAUAAAGAAUCGAAUCAAUGGCAAACGAUGGGCGAUCCGACGGAGAUUGCGCUGCAAGUGUUUGCGCAUCGAUUCACGUUUGGAAAACCAACUCUUGAGAAGGAGAAAGGCUGGAAGCAACUGGCUGAAUACCCCUUCGACAGCAGUGUGAAACGGAUGUCUGUCAUCUACCGAUGUGGUGACGGUCCAGAAACAGUAAUCUUUACCAAAGGAGCCGUUGAGAGGAUCUUGGACCUUUGCACCUCCGUCGGAAUUGGUGAAUACGAAGAGCCCAUGGAUGCCACGACCAAAGAGAAGAUACUCAACCAAAUGGAUUUCCUUGCGGAACAAGGCCUGCGGGUUUUGGCUAUUGCAAGAAAAGCCGGACCAAGUAACUUUGAGCCGCAUAUGGAAAUUCCACGGGAUCAAAUUGAAAGUGACUUGACGCUUCUCGGCCUUGCCGGCUUGUACGAUCCACCGCGAUUGGAAACAAAGGAUGCCGUGAAAGAAUGUACCAUGGCCGGUAUUCGUGUCCACAUGUUGACUGGCGAUCAUCCAUCAACCGCAACUGCUAUCGCCAAGGAAGUCGGAAUUAUCCCUCGCAACACAGGAAAUCUUUCUGCUGAAGAAGCAGCUUCCCUUGUUAAAACAGCGGCCCAGUUUGACGGCAUGACUGAUGAAGAGAUUGAUGCACUGCCGGCCCUUCCACUGGUCAUCGCUCGAUGCGCGCCGGAUACGAAAACGCGAAUGAUUGCUGCUCUUCAUCGCCGAAAACGAUACUGUGCCAUGACUGGUGAUGGCGUAAAUGAUGCGCCUUCCCUUCAGGCUGCCGAUGUCGGGAUUGCGAUGGGCAUGGGUGGUUCAGAUGUGGCCAAAUCUGCGUCGGAUAUUGUGCUGACUGACGACAAUUUUGCAAGUAUCGUCAACGCCAUUGAAGAGGGUCGUCGGAUGUUUGAAAACAUUCAGAAGUUUAUCCUGCAUCUUUUGACAUCGAAUGUUGGCGAGGUUGUUCUGCUCAUCGUCGGUCUCGGGUUCAAAGACAACACCAACAUUUCUAUCUUUCCGCUAUCACCCCUUCAAAUCCUUUGGAUCAACAUGCUGACCUCGUCCUUCCCUGCAUUUGGUCUCGGCCGCGAGAAGGCGGAUGCAGCCGUGAUGCACCGUCCUCCACACGAUACAAAAAAGGGUGUGUUCACAUGGCAAAUCAUCGUUGACAUGCUCAUAUACGGCGUUAUCAUGGGUGCUUGUACCUUGCUUACCUUUGUCAUUAUCAUCUAUGGUGUUGGCGAUGGUAAAGCAUCACUUGGUGUUGACUGCAACCGUACAUCCAGCGAUGCCUGCGCAACUGUAUUCCGAGCCCGCGCAGCAGUUUUUGCAGAGCUCACAUGGCUUAUUCUAAUUUCUGCUUGGGAAUUCAAGCACUUCCGGAACAGUAUGUUUAAUCUCGAUCCACUGCGCGUGACUAGCGACGAACGACCCACGACCUUUCCGUUCUUUCGCGAUGUUUGGGAGAACCAGUUCCUGUUCUGGGCUGUUGUCAUCGGAGCAGUAUCUGUCUUCCCAGCAGUAUACAUCCCAGGCCUGAAUACGCAAGUCUUCAAGCAUCAAGGUAUUUCUUGGGAAUGGGGUCUUGCAUUUGGUUCGGUGUUCGUCUUCAUUUUAGGCGUUGAGGCAUGGAAAUUGGUAAAGCGCCGGACAGGUUGGUUCGCAUCAGGCGAGGACUAUGGAGGCGCAACUGUCACGGGCUUCAGAAGACGCUGGCCAAGCCACGAACUCGGCCUGAGACAGGGAUUCUUCACCUUUGCAAGGACCUUAACCAGAGGAAGCGAAAAGAGCGCUGGUGGUUUUAUAAGUUCUAGGUCUAGUAUCAGCGGAAGGGAAAUGCAGAGACGGAACACUGAGAACGAAACCGUCAGGCCCGCCGAGCAGGUCUAAAGAUUCCGGCAUUGUGGCAUGUUUGCUUGGCUGAGUGAAGAGACCUGAAAAAGGCUGGUAGUGUCGUAUAGAAUCUUGGUAUUUAUUUGUUUUCGAGAGUUAAAUUUGAAUGUAGUUAGCUAUCGCGUUAAAUGUCAAUGACAAUUAGUUACUCAGUAUUAAAUUAUGACCGAGCUUCAUGGA